CAUUUGUGUAGAAAAUUGAAAAUUAUAGAAAAUUUUUUAUUCAAUAUUAAGACACAUCUGAAAAUUUCAAUGAAUGAGCAAAUCUUCAUAUAGUACAGUGUAGGAUUUGAUACUAAGAACGAAAGCCAACUAUUACUUUAGAAGGUACGUUUACAAACCUCUGUCUCAAAUUAAGAGAGCAAGUUCUUCGGAUCUUUCAAAUAUCUUUUUUCUCAGCAGUGGCACACAUCCAUAUUCAUCUGUAAUACUAUUUAGAAAAUCAUUUGAGCAUUACGGGAAUUAUUCAGGGACGCUGUUCCAUAGUCCAUCAUCGACCAACAACAAUUGAUUGUUUGAUUAGCCAGUUUGCGACUAAACAGGACAGGUUUGAGAAACGAUACUCAUCUUCUAAAUUUUUCCUGGGUAAGAUAAACCUUUAGAAUAAGUAUUUAUAGUUAUCCCUUCUUUAUAAUUCGUCCAAAAUUCCUGUUUUGAGUAUUCAUAAACGCUUUGUAGAGGUGUACUUGCACUCAUGCAAAGAUCAUGAUCGUUACAAAAUGAAAUUUGCUUCUUAUCUUUCUAACCACCGUUCUUUCCAGCAUUUAACCUUUCCAAGAAGAAAUUGGAGAUGUCUUCUUUUGUAACUACCUUGUUUUCCCUAGCAAACGGAAGCAAAAACUCUGUGAGUUCAUUUUUUAAUCGAUUAUAGGCAUGGACUCCUUCUAUUGCUUGAACACGGGGAAGUUGGUCUAAGACGUGAAGCACAUCUUGCAUGGUGCUGGACACAACAUCAUCAAGUGAACGCGCGUCUUCUACUUCAAAGUUUGUUUCUUCAUCCAUAUCGGAGUCCUCUGCUUGCUCAUAAACUGGUUCAUCCUCUAUUAAAAUAGGCAUUUGAGUUUUGCGAAUUUCCACACAGGAGUUACACUGGCAAAGAUGUUCUCGAAAUUGUUCAUCAAAAAAAUGAGGAGCGACUAGUUCUUCCUUCUUGUAAGGUAACUCGUGUUGGGGAUUCAAAAGGCAAUCUCUAUAUUUCAACACGCAAUCUUUACAGACCACCCAUUCAAAUGAUUCUGAAUCAGGUAGAGACUUUCCUUGAUUAGAAGCCUCUAAGCAGCGAUCGUGAAACCAAUCUUCACAAAGUAUGCAUUGGAACAUAAUCCCACUUUCUUGUUCAGGGUCAUAAAACGUAUCGCAGCUACAAAAUCGCCCCUCAAAGUUAUGAUUGUAAUGAUUUUCUAAUGCCCGAUCAUCUCUAGUCUUUCUAAUCGCACAAGGCUCAUGGCCCGUUCGUGAGGUACCACAGUCGCACUGAAAAUGUCGUUUAUGAAACAAUUCUACUAAUUCAUGAUCAGCAUGGCAGCUGAUACUGCAACUGUAGCACACUCCGUUUAGGCUAUCCGCUUUUCUUUGGCAAGUUAAACAAGCGUAUAGUGUUUGCUUCAAGUAACCUUUGGAGUAUGUACAUUCAUCAAAUUUGUAUGGAUACGCCUCACGGGCCUCAAUCUCUAGUUCUCUUUGCCUUUCCACAUACUGUUCCGCUGUUAGUUCCUCCAAUCUUGAAUCCAUCCAGAAUACUUCUUUGACUACGGACGUUUAUAUGUAAACAAUAGGUAAUUUUUGUUAGUCUCUUUUCAUUUACAGAAAGUUAAGAAAGUGCGUUAUUAACUUGUUUGAGCAAAGGAGCGAAAUUUUGGAAUGCAGUUUAGUGUUCAUAUGCAGCAUAUCGUUAAGCUCUAGUCCUAGGCGAAAUGUUUGUCUAAAGAAAAGCCAACAACAGUACUCUUUCGAAACAACAUCUUAACAUCCAUGGAUUCUUUCCGAAAACGCGGACGCAGGGACUCGGAAAGUCUUCCUGUGGGAUCAGAUCAUUCUUCAACAGGGAAUACUCCUUUGUCGCUUCCUCCCUCUUCCCCUCCUCCAGAAUUUUCAGAUGAAGCAGCUGAAGCCUUGGUAGAAGAUGAAAUUGAAGACGUGAACAGUGAUAAUAUGGAUCUGGAAGAGGAAGAUGGUGAGGAUUUGUUUGGCGAUGACAUGGAAAGAGAUUAUCAACAAAAUUUGGAACUUGACCGAUACGAUUUGGACGAAUUGGAUGACGAAAAUGAUCUGGAAGAGUUAGACCUAGGCGAUCGAAGAAUUAUUGAUGCAAAAUUACGACGUCGCGACAUGGAAUUAGAGGCUACAGCUGGACGAACAAAACCCGCAGCCUUUCUUCAAGACGAAGAUGAUGAUUUGGAUUCUAAUUUAGGCCUUGGUAUUCCAAGACAUCGUCAUCGUGUAUAUGAUGAAUUCGCACCGAACGCAGGAGCCCUAGACGAGACCGGCGAGCUUCCAUUAGAAUCCAUUGCAGAUGUAAAGGCCGAUAGUAUUGCGGAAUGGGUGACUUUGGAUCCAGUUCGUAGAACUAUUGCCCGUGAAUUUAAAAACUUUCUUUUAGAAUACACUGAUGAAAAAGGAACGUCUGUCUAUGGUAACAGAAUUCGAACAUUAGGUGAGGUAAACGCUGAAUCUUUGCUGGUUAAUUAUGCUCAUCUGGGAGAAUCAAAACCUAUCCUUGCUUAUUUUUUAGCUAAUGCUCCUGCUCCUGUUUUAAGGAUAUUCGAUCGAGUCGCAUUAGAAGCUACCCUUUUGCACUAUCCUGAUUAUGAACGAAUUCAUUCAGACAUACAUGUUCGUAUAACUAAUCUUCCUACCUCUUUCACAUUAAGAGAACUUCGUCAAACGCAUUUGAACUGUUUGGUACGUGUGUCUGGUGUAGUAACUCGAAGAACAGGCCUUUUCCCUCAGUUAAAACACAUUCGGUUUACUUGCACGAAGUGUGGUGCUACUUUAGGUCCUUUCUUUCAGGAUUCUAGUGUGGAAGUUAAAAUUUCUUUUUGUCAUAAUUGUUCUAGUCGUGGUCCUUUUGUUAUUAAUUCCGAACGGACAGUCUAUAACAAUUAUCAGCGACUCACCCUUCAAGAGUCUCCAGGAACCGUUCCUUCAGGACGUUUGCCUCGUCAUCGUGAAGUGAUUCUCUUGGCUGAUUUGGUAGACAAUGCCAAACCCGGUGAAGAGAUAGAAGUAACUGGGAUUUAUCGCAAUAAUUUUGAUGCUAGUCUUAAUACGAAAAAUGGGUUCCCGGUUUUUGCUACAAUCAUUGAAGCUAAUCAUAUUGCUCAUGUUGAUAAUAGUGGUAGUGCUGAUGACGACUUUUCUCUUAACCGACUUACAGAUGACGAAGAACGAGAAAUACGCGCGCUUGCAAAGAUUCCGGAUAUCCACGAAAGAAUCAUCGCCUCCGUGUCACCUUCCAUUUAUGGUCAUCGAUCUAUAAAGGUUGCCAUUGCUGCAGCUUUAUUUGGUGGUGUCCCCAAGAAUAUCAGCGGAAAACAUAAAAUUCGUGGUGAUAUCAACGUCUUGCUCUUGGGAGAUCCUGGUACAGCUAAAUCACAAUUUCUUAAGUAUGUUGAGAAGACUGCCCACAGAGCCGUUUUUGCUACUGGUCAAGGUGCUAGCGCUGUUGGUUUAACAGCAUCUGUCCGAAAGGAUCCUAUUACAAAUGAAUGGACUUUAGAAGGUGGUGCGUUGGUUUUAGCCGACAAAGGUGUUUGUUUAAUCGAUGAAUUCGAUAAAAUGAAUGAUCAAGAUCGUACUUCUAUUCAUGAAGCUAUGGAGCAACAAAGUAUUUCAAUCUCCAAGGCAGGUAUCGUGACAACCUUGCAGGCAAGGUGUACGAUUAUUGCAGCUGCCAAUCCAAUCGGUGGACGAUAUAAUACAACGAUUCCCUUAAGCCAAAAUGUUGAAUUAACGGAACCCAUCUUGUCUCGUUUCGAUAUAUUACAAGUUGUUAAAGAUACCGUGAAUCCAGAAAUAGACGAACAGCUUGCCAGUUUUGUUGUCUCAAGCCAUAUUCGAUCUCAUCCAUCUUUUGAUCCAGACUUUGAUAUUUUGACAAAGGCACCUACUGAGACGGGUAUUGAAGCAAAAGCUAUUCCUCAAGAUUUGUUACGUAAGUAUAUACAUUAUGCAAGAGAACGGGUGACACCUCGUUUGCUUCAAAUGGAUGAAGAAAAAAUUUCAAGGCUUUACAGUGAUAUGAGACGUCAAUCACUAGCUACGGGAAGCUAUCCUAUCACCGUUCGUCAUCUUGAAUCUGCCAUUCGUCUAAGUGAAGCUUUCGCCAAGAUGGAGCUUAGUGAAUUCGUUCGACCUGCUCAUAUAGACAAGGCUAUUCAUGUGAUUGUCGAUUCUUUCGUCAACGCCCAAAAAAUGAGUGUCAAGCGCAGUCUUUCACGUACUUUUGCAAAAUAUUUACUUUGAGCUUGUUGUCAACUUCAAUUUUAUCUCACUUUCGUUCAAGUUAUACUCUGUUUUCUUUUACCUUUAUUAUUUCUGUUCUACUAUCAUUUAAUUACAGUCAUUUACGUUUUCAUUAGAAUUCCGCCCUCUUUAUCUUUUGAUAUAAUAGUAUUGCAUCUUUAAGCAUGCGUAUACCUAUUGUACUUGUAUACCUAUGUCGGCCUUUAAUUUAUUGAUACAAGGUCAGUGUUUAAUUAAAAAUGAAAUUAAUUUUCAAAUACCUCACGAUGGCAAUAUAUUCUAGUCUAAGAUAACUAAGCAAUGUAAUGGUUUUUUACUAUAUUAUCUCUUAA